GUGAGCGACCCCCAGGGCGGCAGCGGCAGUGCAGACCUCCAGGACCGGGUCCUCAGCGAGCCCCUCAAGCACGCGGACUUCUUCAACGUCAAGGAGCUGUUUUCCGUGAGGAGCCUCUUUGAUGCCCGCGUGCACCUGGGACACAAAGCCGGCUGUCGGCACAGGUUCAUGGAGCCCUACAUCUUCGGGAGCCGCCUGGACCAGGACAUCAUCGACCUGGAGCAGACGGCCGCGCACCUGCAGCUGGCCUUGAACUUCACGGCCCACGUGGCCUACCGCAAGGGCAUCAUCCUGUUCGUGAGCCGCCACCGGCAGUUCUCCUACCUCAUCGAGAACACGGCGCGGGACUGUGGCGAGUACGCCCACACCCGCUACUUCAAGGGCGGCCUGCUGACCAACGCGCCGCUCCUGCUGGGCCCCGGCGUCCGCCUGCCCGACCUCAUCAUCUUCCUGCACACGCUCAACAACGUGUUCGAGCCCCACGUGGCCGUGCGGGACGCGGCCAAGAUGAACAUCCCCACCGUGGGCAUCGUGGACACCAACUGCAACCCCUGCCUCGUCACCUACCCCGUGCCCGGCAACGACGACUCGCCUGCGGCCGUGCAGCUCUUCUGCAGGCUCUUCCGGACCGUCAUCAGCCGGGCCAAGGAGAAGCGAAGGCAGGUCGAGGCCCUGUACCGGCUGCAGGGCCAGGAGGGGGCCGAGGGCCGGGGUCCCGCCCUCCCGGGAACACAGGCCUCGCUGGACGCGGGUCCUUCACUGUGACAGGUCCACCCUCCUCCUAAAUAAAAUCGGCAGCCGAGCCUGG